AUGCUGGUGGCCUGGGUGCAGACCCUCCUCAUCAGCAACACGCUCCUAGCAGAAGCCUAUGCCUCUGGAGGCUGCUGGGAGGACAACGGCCGCCGGUACCGGGCGGACCAGUCGUCCCCGGCGCCGGGCCUCCGCUGCCUCAACUGGCUGGAGGCGCACAGCCGCCUGGCCUCGGCCCCCGCGGCGGGCGCCGGCAACCACAGCUACUGCCGCAACCCGGACCGGGACCCGCGCGGGCCCUGGUGCUACGUCAGCGGCGAGGCCGGCGCCCCCGAGAAGCGGCGCUGCGAGGACCCGCGCUGCCCAGAAACUAUUUCCCAGGACCUGCCAACCUCCGUGACAGAGACAGAGGAGACGUUUGAAGUGCCAAGAGGAGAUGCGGUGCAGCUGUUUGCUCCUGCCAAUUCCCUGUCCGUCCGGAGCCAGGCAGCGACCGUGCAGCCCGUAGUUGGAAUGGUCCAGCGGGUUCAGGGGAACUCCAAGGAGAAAAAGGACUUGGGGAUCCUGGGCAAUGUGCUGGGCAUGGGCAUGAUAGUGAUCAUAAUUGCCAUCGGAGUUGGCAUCAUCUUUGGAUACACCUACAAGAGGGUGAAGCGCCUGAAAGAACAGUAUGACCAGAAGGUGCAUGAGCGGGAGAUGCAGCCCAUCACCCUGCCCUUGUCCGCCUUCACCAACGCCACCUGUGACCUUGUGGAUGAGACGACAGUUGUGGUCCACCCCAGCCAGACGCCCGUCGAUCUUCAGGACGGUGAUGCCCCCCUGAUGGGCCAGGCAGGCACUCCUGGGGCCUGA